CGCGUGUCUAUUGACAGAAAGCGUGCACGGCAUGAAUCUGUCGACCGCCUGUUGACCGCCGGGGACAGCGCCGUGAAUCCUUUGAUCGUGAACGAGAGCAUCAUGCAUCUAUCGACCGGAGACACGAUCGCGAGCGCAACAUGUCGAUUGGAUAUCACGGCCAAAAUGGAUCUGUUUCUAGGACCUUUCCUCGCCCACCAGUUUGUGCUAUCUCCGUCAGGCCUCCUACCGCAGAUCCCCAAUCCCGUCCUCGCACAUCUGAAUCUGGAUAUGUAAUGGUUCACCGUCCACCAGUGUGUGCUGUCUCCUUCAAGCAUCCUACCACAGGUCCCCAAUCCCGUCAUCGCAAAUUUGAAUCUGUGACAGUUCCUCAUCCACCCUUCAAGCCUCCUACCACGGUUCUCCAGUCUCGCCAUUGCAAUUCUGAUUCUGUGGUGUUUUCCCGUCCACCACUCUGCGGCAUCUCCUUCGAACCUCCUACCACGGGUCCCCAAUCUCGUCAUCCUCGUCGAUCUUCAUUCAACUACGCAACUGGUCACGAUUACUCUGAUGGGCGCCAACAUUCCGUUUAUAUUUUGCCUCCAACUACUCCAGCUCCACAGAUAGAUCUACCUCCACGACAGCGCAAGCGCACUGUCUCUGUGGAGGUGAUUCGUCGCCUUCCUUUCCUCAGCCGCGAGGUUCCUCCGUUUCAAAAGUCCAACUCGUCUGGGCUAACCCGCACUCCCUUUAAUAGGCUGUGCUCAGCGACAAUAUCUAUUUCGCAGAAAAUCUGCCGCAAAACUGCUGGCAAAUGAUCUUGUUUUGUGUCCCUGGUACAUCCUUAUAUUCAUUAAUAUACUUCUUCCUUAAACACGAUAUAUCUAUGCAUCCUAAAUGGAACAUAGAAACAUACUCUAGAUAUGAAUGUACCGUGUACAUGAGUACUGCUUUUGACUGGCUUUUGAUUUCCCUCGCUAUAAUCACACGGAAAUGUCUUGGCAUGUAUAUAUAUCACUUAUUUCCAUACAAAGUAAUUUUCCGUAAUGGCACC